UCCUCGCCGCUGCAAACCCUAAGCCGCCUGCGCGCCGCCAGACACACAACCAACCCCGAGGAGGACGACAGAGCGAGAGAGGAAGGGUGAGAUGGCUCGCGGCGCGGCGGCGGCGGCGGCGGCCAAGGGCGGGGCCGGAGGCAAGAAGAAGGGGUCGGUGUCCUUCGUGAUCGACUGCACCAAGCCCGUGGAGGACAAGAUCAUGGAGAUCGCGUCGCUCGAGAAGUUCCUGCAGGAGCGCAUCAAGGUCGCCGGCGGCAAGGCCGGGAACCUCGGCGACUCCGUCACCGUCUCGCGCGACAAGAGCAAGGUCACCGUCACCUCCGACGGCGCCUUCUCCAAGAGGUACCUGAAGUACUUGACCAAGAAGUACUUGAAGAAGCACAAUGUGCGGGACUGGCUUCGUGUGAUCGCUGCCAACAAGGAACGCAAUGUUUACGAGCUCCGGUACUUCAACAUUGCUGAGAACGACGGCGAGGAGGAGGAUUAGAGUGCAUUUCACUUAUAUUGUAGUCUGGAACUUGUUGCAGUUUGAUACUUGAUCUGAGUACCUCUAGUUAUCCACCUAUCUUGUGUUGUGCUCUGGUGAACAUGGAUGGUUUAAUUUUAAGAAUCCUUAUAUUUUGUUGCCUCGACUAUGAAUGAAUUCAUAUGUUGUGAACCUAGAAAGUAAUCUGGAGAAUUGUUCUUGAUAUUUUUCUUCA